GAGCGUGUCCUAACCUAUCUAACCUAGCAUUAUAUACCCUGCAAUAUACAUAUAACUAAAAUAUUCAUUAGUGAAAUUCACCAUACCUGUGUGUAAAUACAGUCAUUUUUUUAAAUUGUCAUACUUGCAAUUAAUUCUUUGAACAUCAAGAUGAUACGUUCAAUGCUACCACUCAGAGGACCAAUUUUAGUGGCUACUGUGUAUCCAUUUAAUACAGGAUCUGAUAAUCAAUAUGACAAACCUGUUAAUAAAAUCAUAAAACCACUGAUAGAAGAUGAAUAUGGUUGGGACAGAAUAAAGAAGAUAUUUAAAUUGAAUGAAGAGGGUAUGUUUACGAAAGAAUUGCAAUCCAUCAUAAAUAUAACAGUAGCAGGCAGUUUUACUGGUAUGGUAAUUGGUGGUAUAUUAGUCUCUAAAAAUACAGUGAAUAACUUUAUCUCGAAUAACGAAGCAACAAAAUUUGCAAGUCACUUUGAAGCAAAACGGCAACUCCAGCGGCAAGUUAUUUUAUCUUUCUGGAAGAACGGUUUAGUAAUGGCCAGAAAACUUGGGUUGUUUUGUUUACUAUACAGUACUAUAACAACAUGUACAACUGCAUACCGAGGGAAGUUGCGGAUAGAAAAUUACAUACUUGGUGGCUCUAUAACAGGAUUCCUGAAUAGAUUGAAUUUGGGACUUCGAGCAUCGCUUGUUGGGGCCAGCCUGGGUGGUACACUAGGUGGAAUAUGCGGUGGUAUAUCAAUUUUUUUGCUUUAUUUGACUGGAACAAAUAUAGAUGAGAUAAUGCAGGUGCAUUACGAUUGGAUAAAUUCAAUGAAAGAGAGAGAAAAUGAACAAAUAAGGGCUUACAUGGCUGCAAAGGAAGAUUUGAACGAAAAGAAAUUAUUUGAAAUGAAUCGCGACACGCAACUAGCGAAGCAAAGAUUUCAGGAAACAACAGAGAAAAUUGAAGACCCUGAUGCAUGAACUUGUUAUUAUGUAAAUAAAUAUUAUACAUAGACAUAUAUAAGCUCAAAAUUUUUAUUAUACAUUUGAUGGUAAUUGCCUUGGAGUUUUGCGAUCUUUCAAAGUGUUUCGAAAAUAUCUUCAACAGAUCAAGGAGGUGAGACCACAAAUGUAAAGUAUAUAUAAAAUAAAUAAAGUAAAGUAACUAACAA